AUGCGCCCCAUGUUCCCAACCUCGCAGAAGCCCAACAGCAACAGCGGGAGUGUGAGCUGGCCUGUUGGGUGCUGUUUCCCUCUGACUCUGCUCCGCCUCCCACCCCACAGCCUGAAUCAUCCCCGCUCAAAUGCAGCCUCCAACUCUUCUCCGGUGGGACCUCCUGCUGAUUGUCCUGAAGGCCAGUUCAAGAGGUCUGAGGCUGUGUUCCCUGCAGGACCCACGACUGCAGUGUCUGGCAAAUCCCCACCAUCCUCGAUGCCCUACAGCCGCCCUUAUGAUCUCUCCCUUGGCUUGCUUUGUGGCCACAGAACCAGUCACUUUGUAUGCUAUGCUCCUACUGUGAUGGAAAAGAAAAACAAGUAUAAGUUAUUUUGUAUCUAUGUUCAGACUAUAUAG